AUGAAUGAGAAGAUGCUGGCUCUAUUGAAGAAUCAAACUUGGAAAGUCGUGCUACUUCCUAAAAGAAAGAAAAUUGUGGGUUGCAGAUGGGUAUCCAUUAUUAACUAUAAAUCUGAUGGGACUGUUGAGCAUUUUAAAGCUCGGCUGGUGGCAAAAGGCUUCACCAAAUGUUAUGGUAUUGAUUACAUGGAGACCUUUGCUCCAAUUGCGAAGAUGGGAACAGUUUGCAUAUUAGUAUCUUUGGUUUUGCAUUAUGGAUGGUCCGUAUUACAAUUUGAUGUGAAAAAUGCAUUCUUGCAUAGAGAAAUCUCAGAAGAAAUAUAUAUGGAGCUUCCACCAAGGUACAAAGACCCAAAUGAUACUCUAAAAGUAUGUAGACUUAAGAAGGUAUUAUAUGGCUUAAAACAGCCACCAAGAGUCUUGGUUUGGCUGCUUAACCAAAACAAUGAGAGCUUUGGGGUUCAAGCAAGCCAAUAGAGAUCAUACCUUAUUUUAUAAACGAUCAAGUUCAGGAAAUAUGACAAUCUUACUACUAUAUGUUGAUGACAUGAUUGUCACAGGAGAUGAUAUGCAAGAAAUCACUUUUCUUCAAAAACAAUUGACGGCUGUUUUUGAUAUCAAAAUGUUAGGACAACUAAAAUACUUCUUGGGAAUUGAGGUAGCCUACUUUCGUGGGAAUUUGUUCCUAUCUCAAAGAAAGUAUAUUGUAGAUUUACUCAAAUAUACAAGCAUGAGUAACUAUAAAUCAGCAUGUACACCAAUUGAAGCAAAGCAUUGUAUUGGGGCUUCAAAGGAAAGCAAUCAAGUAAAUAAGGGGUCUUAUAAACGACUAGUGAGAAAAUUAAUUUAUCUAAUUCCAUACUAAACCAGAUAUUACUUACUCAGUUGGAGUGCUAAGCCAAUAUAUGCAUGACCCUAGGGAGGUACAUCAUCAAGCUGCUCAACGAGUCUUAGCCUAUCUUAAAGGAACAAGAUUCUCUUACAACAGGCAUCUAUACCAAUGCUGAUUAUGUUGGUUCAGUUGAUGAUAGGCGCUCUACUACUGGUUAUUGUUGUCUCAUUGGAGGAAAUUUGGUCACUUGGCAAAGCCAAAAAUAG